UCGAGUUCACAAAUUUCUGGUUUGGAAUUGGUAUGCGUUCCGAAUAAAUUUAAGUGUUGCCUAUCCUCAAGGGUAAAUUUUUUUAGUAAACCUAUUUUUUUGCUUUCUGUUAACUCCAACAUUUUUAAAACAUGGCUCAGAUAAAUGGCGACUGCAAACCUGGUGGUCAGACUGGUCAGCUGCCUUGCUGCAUCCCUGAGGACGGAUUCAGGCCGCAAGCAAGACACCUUUGCGUCCAAGGCAAUGGAAACUUCACUCAGCACCAAACCUCCGAAGGGUGCAGAUCAAAGAUGCCCCCCGGUCCACCGGGCUGCGCCGCUGAGCGUCUACUACAGCCCAACAACCACUAUGUAUGCGACCAGAAGCAGGUGCUGCGGCAGCAGCACCUCGUAAAGAAGUACGCCGGCGGCGCUUCAUGCAACCCCUGUCGGCCCGGUUAUAACCCGGACUGUGCUGUGCCCCUGUGGAGUCACAACAAACAAGGUUUCCGCGGUGCCGUACCCUACACGGGGCCGUAUGACAAAGAGGCGCCCUACCACUACGCUGAGUCGCCCUACUACAUGGACAACGAUGACCCCCGCAAGUUCUUCAUGUCAGGAUAUACAGGCUUUGUGCCAAACACGCAGUCGGUGAUCGGCAACGUCUUCCCGCUCACCACCAACAAAGGCCUGCGCAAGUUUACUGACCUGCAGUGCAAUGUCAAACAGAACUUCUGCAAGCCGGUCAUCGUCAGCACGAAAGACCGCAAUUUCGUGCCUCCCGUGGAGCAGUUACAGCAAUGCAGCAAAGACCCGCUGAGAACCAUCCAAAUACCGGACGUGGGCAUAGAAUAUGAUCCGACCAUAUUGCUCGACUGCACCUCCAGUUCCGGCGCUGGCUUCGGUUUGAGCUCCGGUUCCGGCUCUGGGAACGUCUCCAGCUCCUGUUGCGGUUCCAAAGGAGACUUUGCAGAUAGCGGCGGCCAGGCUGCGUUAGGCCACAACCAGGAAGGUGCUAGACGCAAGAUGAAAAUGUUCAGACGCAAGGACCCCCACCCCAUCUACCGUGUAGAGGAAGGCUUAUUGCCGACUUACGGAGGUCACGUUCCAAACCAGCAGUUCCGCUUCGGAGGUACCUUCGGUCGCGAAACACUCAAUGCACGGAAUCUGAGCAAACGCCGAGGCUGAAACCGAUUUGUAAAUCUUAUGCAUUCGUUCCUCAUGUCAACAUUUACGUGCGGACACAUGCCACAUUUGGCAUAGCUUUUUUCAGCAAGGUUCAGCAAACUCGCGCAAUGCAGAACUGGGAGCAACUGCUAAACCGAACACACGUCUGUUUACACAAUAUACAUGUUUUGACCAA